GUUCUCAGCGAAAACAGCUGAUCGGCAGACCGGGUAGCAGAUACGUGUAAAAAUAAACGCACAAUUACUUUUGGCUCGCACAAAUCGGUCGGCAAUUCCCAAAAACUCCGAAAUGUACAAGAAUCUGGAGGAGCACAACCGGCUGGUUAACAAAUACCUGAAGAUAUUCUUCGUCGUGUCGCUCUACUGGUGCACCUCGAUAUUGACGGUAUUCGUGAAUAAGCACCUGCUGAGCAGCGAUACAGUGAACCUGGGAGCUCCGCUCUUCAUGUCCUGGUUCCAAUGCGUGGUUUCCACAGUGAUAUGUUUCGCGGCAAGUCGGCUGAGCAGGAAGUACCCCUCGGUAUUUACGUUUCCCGAGGGAAAUCCCCUGGACAUCGACACCUUUCGCAAGAUCCUGCCUCUAUCUGUGCUCUAUACCCUGAUGAUUGGGGCCAACAACCUGUCGCUGUCCUACGUCACAGUGGCCUUCUACUACAUCGGUCGCUCCCUGACCACCGUGUUUAGUGUGGUCCUCACCUACGUGAUUCUCCGCCAACGAACCAGCUUCAAGUGCCUGCUGUGUUGUGGCGCCAUUGUCGUUGGAUUCUGGCUGGGAGUGGACCAAGAAAGCCUGACGGAGGUCUUCUCCUGGCGGGGAACCAUCUUUGGAGUGCUAAGUUCGCUUGCCUUGGCCAUGUUUUCUAUUCAGACAAAGAAAUCGUUGGGUUAUGUCAACCAGGAGGUGUGGCUGCUUAGCUACUACAAUAAUCUCUACUCCACGUUGCUCUUCCUGCCCCUGAUCAUCAUCAAUGGCGAGCUGGAGAGCAUUAUCACGUAUCCGCACCUGUGGGCUCCUUGGUUCUGGGCCGCAAUGACGCUUAGUGGCCUUUGUGGCUUCGCCAUUGGAUUUGUCACAGCGCUGGAAAUCAAGGUCACAUCCGCCCUGACGCACAAUAUCUCGGGAACGGCCAAGGCCUGCGCUCAAACGGUGAUCGCCACCCAGUACUACCAUGACGUUCGAUCGGCUCUCUGGUGGACCUCCAAUGUGGUGGUCCUGGUGGCCAGCGCCGCCUACACCCGCGUCAAGCAGCUGGAGAUGAUGCGCCAGCACCAACAACGCAGCACCGCCACCCAGAAGGCCUGAAUGCAAUUAAAAGCUGCCAAAGUGAAGUAGACUGUUUAGGACUCUAGGAGAUGUAAGUUUAAAGUAUGCACAAACAAUCCAUCAACAAAAAUACAUAGGCUUCUGUAUUAACUAA